UCAAAUGUGCCCGACCGGUGUUACCUUACCGCCGGACCCCGCAGCCAAGGGCGCCGAUUUCCGCCCCGCCUUCGACGCCCUGGACGCCGACCGAGACGGAAAGAUAAGCAAGGAGGACCUCCGCUCCUUCUACGCCGGGUUUUCCGGCGGCGUGGAGGAAGAGGUGAUCGGGACGAUGAUGUCGGUGGCGGACGUGAACAGGGACGGGUACGUGGAGUACGAGGAGUUCGAGACGGUGUUGAGGGAGAGGAGCGGCGGCGGCGGAGGAGGAGGAGGGGUGAUGGAGGAGGCGUUUAGGGUUAUGGACAGAGACGGAGACGGCAGGGUGGGCGUGGAGGAUCUGAAAGGAUACCUGAAAUGGGCGGGGUUUGGGGAGGCGAGCGACGAGGAUGUGAAGGCCAUGAUCAGAUUGGGCGGCGGCGAUGAGAGGCAGGGCGUCACCUACGACCGCCUUCUAAAGAUUCUGGCGGUCUGAUGAUGCGAAUGCCGACGUUUCGAUCUUCGUUAGAACCAUAUAUACAUAAAUUAUUAUUAUUACCAUGUGUAAUCUGAUAAUAAAGAUUGUUUAUGCAUCUCCAUGCGAGAGAGAUCACAACAUAGUUUAUUUUUUGUUUUGGCUCAAAUGGCAGAUUGGUUAUGAACUGUAGCAUCAAUUAUUGUGAUUCUUAA